AUGAAGCUGACUAAUAUUACGGGUGGCGGUUCGCGUUCGAAGCGGAUCCGCUCGUUCGAUCCUGCGCGAAGAAAGGAUCAGGCGCACGGGAUCGUACGUUCCGAAUACGCGCCGCGGCUUGUACCGAACGUUUCUCACGGUUCCAUCGAGAUACGCGUGAACAGAGCUGGGCGACAGUCGAGGACCGCAGCAAGGAAGGCGAAUAACACGAUCGCGGUUCGACCGUGGUCGCGGGGAACAAGGACGAAGAAGCGGCGCGGACGAAGGAAACGCGACGUUAUCGGGAGACGCGACACGGAUUUCGAGAUAAUCGCCGUUCGGCUGCUCCAAUGGUCGCUCGUGCGGCAUUUCGAACGGCUGCUGCUCGAACAGCAUCUCGAACCGUUGCUCGAACGGCUGCUCGAACCGGGUACAACCACUGAGCAACGACGGCUGUCGUACGAAAAGUAUGGAACCGAAGAAGGCGGGGACAAUGUGGGCGUGCCGGAGGCGGGGCGGCAGGAUAUUGAAAAUGGCGCGAUCGUAGAGCCGAGCGGCGCAGAAGCGGUAGCCUAUCGCCUCUUCUGCCUCGUCUGCCGGUUCCGCCGGCUUCCGUCGAUCGCAACGACGAUACGUAACGGGCCUUUCCCUACGAUUUACCCUGCGAGCGCACCUACGUAUACGUCCGACCCUGCCGAAAGCUCGGAACAGGUCGACGAUACGACCCGUUUCGCGUCAACGUUCUUUACGACCUACAAUAACAAUAUCAAUUGCAAUAACAAUAUCAAUAGCAACAACAAUAGGAGUAGCAACAGCAAGAACAACACACCGCCAAGAAAACCACCACCACCGCCAACACCGAGGCUGCAAUUCGCCGAGCCAGGGGCGAAAGAAGCAAAGGUUCCGCAGGGUGGGGAUAACCGGCAAAGCGACGGAGGCUCUGCGCUGCCGCAGGGAAAUCGGUACGACAGUCACGCGCCUCGCUCGACGAUGAAUCGUUACGGUACCGAAGCGCUCUCGCCAACCGCGACCGACCACCACCACCACCCCCACCACAAUCACCACCACCACCACCACCAUCACCGCCACCACCAUCAGCACCAUCAUUUGCAGACGGACACGAGCCAACAUACCGUGCUCUCUUCGUCGAGUCAUCGUCACUUGGAAGAGCAAGAGUCGCAGCCGCAAUCGCAAUCGCAAUCGCAACCCUCUCAGCGACAAUCGCAACAACCACCGCAACAACAGCAACAACAACAACAACAUUACGAAAUAGAUCACGAGGACGUCGAAAGGGUUAGCGGGAUCGGGACGAACAUGAGGGGCGAUCGGUCCGAUUACAGUCUCGGAGUGUUCUCGCCUUUAAAUACCACGAGCGGCGCGAACGGUGGCAACGAAAUCGUGGCGACGGAUCAUCAGAAUCAUCACCACCAUCAUCACCACGUUCAACAACAACAGCAGCAGCAGCAUCACCAUCAUCAGCAGCAGCAGCAAGAAACACAACACCAUCACCAUCAUUUGGAAGAGGUUUUAACCGACGAUGGAUACCUUCAACAUCGGAUACGAGGGAGCGGAGGAGGAGAAACAAGUGGAGGAGGAGGAGGAGGAGGUGGUGGUGGUGGUGGUGGUGGUGGUGGUAGUGGUGGUUCCGUAGGAGAAGGAGGAGGUGGCGGCGGAGGCGGAGGAGGAGGAGGUGGUUCGCCGACUUUGCGUACCGGUAGCUCGCCGAGUUCCAGUCGGAGUCCGCACGACGAUCAAGGACUCUCGUCGCCGAAUCGUCAAGGACACGCGGCGGACGGUGGAUACAGUCCGAACGAGCAAGUCCGACAAUCCUACCCUCACUUGACAGUUAUGCAGCCUCCCUCUUCCGUGCAAGCCAAUCACGGUUUAGUUCAGGAAUCCGAUCGGGUGUCCGAUCAGCUGUACAUGGAGCCGAUUUACGCCCAUCAAGCCGCCACGACGACCCAUCACCAUCAAGAACACGAUCAAGGACCGCCGACACCGCACUCGCCCAGCGGAGCACUUUCCAGUCCUUCGUUGUACCGUACGAUGACCGGCGUCGGAACGAUCAUGGCUGGGAGCGGCGAAGGAACCGGAAGUGCUUUCUCGCUUCCGUACAUGGCCGGCAGCCCCACGGAAUUGACCGGAUCGCCGCAGCAGCUUUGGAACAUGCAAACGUUGCACACGAAUAUAUCCGGCCUGUCGGAGGAUUACACCGGCAGCGGGAAGACGUCCGGCAGCGUAACCACUCAUCAGACAUUACCGGGAUUCUCGCAACCGUUUUGCGUUCGACCCAGUCCCCGAGGGUACAGCCUUUACCAGACGCAGCAAAGCAACGGGAGCGCCGCGGCGGCGAUGGACGCUUCCUCGACAUGGAACUACCCUUCCGCGAACGACCCUCUGAUGCCGCAGUACGCGACCUCCACCAGACAGCAGUCCGUCAAUUCACCGACAACUCCGACCCAGCACCAGCUGACCGCUUCCGCGGGUCUCGGUACCAUGCACAACAUCGGGACGGAAUACUUUACGGAUGGCCGCGAGUGCGUGAAUUGCGGCGCAGUUUCUACACCACUGUGGCGACGGGACGGUACCGGCCAUUACCUCUGCAACGCAUGCGGUCUCUACAACAAGAUGAACGGCAUGAAUCGGCCCUUGGUCAAGCAGCCGCGUCGAUCGUCCGCGACGAGACGCGUCGGCACUUCCUGCAGCAACUGUAAAGCAACGAAGACCUCGCUGUGGCGACGCAACGCUCUCGGCGAGCCGGUCUGUAACGCUUGCGGGCUGUAUUACAAAUUGCACGGGAUAAACAGGCCGCCCAACAUGAAGAAGGAUACGAUUCAGACGCGGAAGCGAAAACCGAAGGGCGGCAUGAAGUCUACGGACACGCCGCUCUCGGCCACCGACGCCCCCUGCACGAACAUCAACAACAACAGUACAAAUACAAACAACAACCACAACAACAACAACAACAACAACAACAACAGCUUAAAGAAAGAACCGAAUACGUACGACGACAUGCGGAUGAAUCAUCCGGAGGUUCGUCAAAUUCCACUGAACGGGGCCGUUUACUACGACGUUUCAACCGGAGCGCAUUACGGCGCGAUCAAUUUUCAGCGGGAGCUGUGGCUGAAACAGCACCACGGCAGCCAGCUGCAGCAACAACAGCAGCAACACCAGCAACACCAUCAGCAGCUUCUCGAGACGCAUUCUCCGAAAAUCGAGUGCCCCUCGCCUUGCGCGAACCGAUCGCCGGACCACCACCAGUUCGCUUCCCCGCAUAUCGUCACCCUUGAGAAUUCGUCACCCACCGCAGCAACCGCAAAAAUGAUCAUCGACAACGGCCACCUGGACAGGCCGACGGUGGUCUCUAUGUCGUCGUAAGGAGACGCCUUUUCGCGGAGACCGUUGUUGAACCGCGUUCUAUUCGAUCUCGAUUUCGUUCUCGGCACAUUUUGGCACGCCGAUUCGCGACGAAACCGGGAACGAACGAAACACCUUCGCCGGGCCGUCACGCCUACCGUUGCUUCGCGUCUGCUACGCGCGUCGAUGGAAUCGCACACGACCGGACAGAUUUUAGCGCGCGAUAGAUUUGGCUAGAGUUCGCGUUCCUGCGAUCGAUUCUGCGACGAACCUCUUCUGCGACACCCGGGAAAUCCUGGAUAUCCACGAUAUCCUGUAACCAAAGAAACGCUCUACGAAGGACGGUUCGCGGCACCGCCUCGCGAGAAUACAACGAGAAGGGAGCCGGACAGAACUGGCGGGGAGGAAACGCGGCAGAACACUCGCAGAGUUUCAACGUACGCGGCCAAUUCGCUCCUCGAUGUAGACCGUGUUCGGUCGAUUUUGUAAAUAGCAUUAUCGUUUGCGCUUAUUCCCCUCUUUUAUCCGCGUUCGGACGAGUUUCUUUUUAUUUCAUACGGACUUUGCUCGAUCGACUUUUACGCCGCGGCCGCUCGGGCAGCGAGAUUCGAACAACGAUCUCGAUUAGAAAUUGUUUUUAACGUGCUGUUGUGUAGCGAGAGGAAGCGAACCACGCGGUACGCGAACGAUUAGUUUCGUCGUCGAAACGACCUCGAAGAAUAGCGUCGCGCUGUCCUCUUCGAUGCGAAAUGUUCGCGGAUCGUAUCGUGGUUCGAACGGACGCAAGGAAACCGAGAAGAAGGUGCGACGGAACAAAUCGGAACAAAUCGGAGCAAAUCGGAACAAAUCGAAGAUUCGUGUUUGCGAGACAAGCUAGUCGUAGAUUGACAACGAGCCAGCGUAUCUUGAAAAAUCCGCGCUUCUUAGAUACCCGUAGGAAAUUCGGUUCGCGCGGCGACGGUCGCGUACGCGCGUGUUUACGUUCGCGCAGAGCCUGGAACAAUUUCGACUGCGUGCUCGACGAGCUUGUUAGUUAGGUAGAGAACUUGUUGUAUUUAGAAACGUACGAAUAUGUUGCCGCGUGUAAUACGCCAGGCGUAACCGUGAAUCGACGAUUCGUCGAGUCGGCUCCGGAACGCGGUCACCGACGAUCAGCUAACAAGAUGGAACCAGUACACGCGCUCCUUGUCCUUUGUAAAUAUACGAUAACAAAACUUUAUGCGUAAUUAGUUCGGUAAGUCGGUAUACUUGAAAAAUACAUACAUUUACUUGUACUUUGUGAAAGCAUGCGGUGCGUCGAUAAUCGCGAAUCGACGGAUGUAACGAGUGGUAAACUCGUAGGGCGUUCACGUUUCGAACUAAGAUCGACGGUAAGAAGAAUAAUGUUCUCGAUGCGAAGGCGUUCCGUGUGACGAACGCCGCGGAUUGUUCGAGUUUGUUGUAUCGUCGAAUCGGUUAUUUUUGAAUAAAAAGGGAUAUUUAAGUGAA